AUGAACUCUCUUGUACUCUCUCAACUAUGGCACGUCCUUCGUGUGGUUUCGUUCCCUUCCGCCUUCCUUGACCGAGUUCGCUCCAUCGUGCGCGGGUUCUUCCGUGUCAAGUCUUUUCCUCCCAUUGCUUUUGACACUCUCUGCUUGCCCCGACUACAGGGUGGCCUUGGUAUCUUGGAUCCUGGUAUACAGCAAUGUGCUCUCCAACUUCGCUGGCUGAAGCCCCUUAUCCGUAAUCCUCUACUGCCUCACGGUCUUGUUCCCCAAUGGUUCUCCACUCUUCUUCGCUCCGACGUCCCUACCGUUGAUCCUCUUCUUCCCUUACUCUUUCCGGACUGUCGUCCUCGCAACCAUCGCACCCUUGAUUCCCCGCUACACCUGGUUCUGAAGGCUAUGGAUACUCUUCCCCGAAACUUUGACAGAGUGGUGCUCAACCUUUCCAGUUGUCUCAUCCUGCCGUUGUCUUCUAUGAUAUCCAGUAUGCCCUCUCACCCUCCGUAUCGACCUGCUUGGCGUGAUUUGCGAGUCCACCAUCUAUACCAAAUCGAGUCCAAUUUGGAUAUACUCACACCCAUCACUCCCUCUCGUCCUCUACCCCGUUCUGUCACACUUAACCGCAUCCUCAACAGAAUUCGCGAUCAUACAAUGGUCUUGCAUUCCAUUCUCUUUCGAGCAUGCAUUCCUUCUUUUGUACUGGCAUUCCAACAGCCAAAUCUUCCUAUUCGCGACGGGUCGUUCAUUGACCUCCAGCCACUUCUGUCAGCCCAACUUCCCGGUCAGACCUGGUCCCGGCUCACCACGCGCUCCUACCGUUCUACCUGCUCCCAUCAACUGUCUGAUGCUCGUCCCAUCCACCCUCCUCUCAUCCCACGACAACUUCGCUCCUUCUGGUCUUUCGCCCUCCCUCACCGGGCUCGGAAUGUCUGGUUUCGCGGGUUGCACAAUAAGCUUUCGUGCCGAGCACUUCUGUACCGCAUCAUGCCAUCCACCGUCUCUUCUCCUCUCUGCACUAUUUGCCAGGUGUCCAUCGAGACGCAAGAACAUUUUCUUCUCGCUUGCCCGUUGAAAUCUGCUGUGUGGACAGGCAUUUGGUUGGAAUUCUUCGGCACCGUCCCUCUGCGGUGCUCCACACUGCGCGCAAGUCAAUUUCUCGUCUCUGCUCUGAACUAG